AUGGCCAACCGUAGGAGCGCUGAUGAUGUCGGUAAGGUAUCUAGGCAUACUGGCGGCUCGAUGGGUUAUGAAGAACAUCGAAUCAACUUGGUUUCAUAUGAAAGGGGCAUGACUGAAAGGUAUGGGGAGGAUAUGAAUCAGCAUCCGAGGGAUGAUGUUGAUGUGUGGAUGCGUACACAGGAAGGAAGAGGCCGAGGUAGUCGUAUAUAUGGGAUAGGCAAUUUCGAUCUUCAUUUCCUUGUUACAGGGUCUACAUCUUCUCAAACAGGUAGCUUUACGACAUCUUCUGACUAUGAGUGGUCACAAGAACGAGUAUGUUAUGAUAGAUAA